AUGGUGAAGACAAAGGUGGUGACCCAGAAUGACAUGAAGAUCGGCCUCAUUGGGGACGAAGAUACUGUCACUGGUAUGCUCCUGGCUGGCAUAGGUCACGUAGACGGACAGGGCAAGAAGAACUUCCUCGUCGUAGAUUCGAAGGUGCACAUCAAGGACAUAGAAGACCAUUUCAACGACCUGACGAUGAGAAAGGACAUAUCUAUGAUCCUGAUCACCCAAGACAGUGCUGAGCUGAUCCGACGAGCAGUAGACGAGUUUGCAAGCAGCGCGCAGAUGGUGCCCACCGUCUUGGAGAUUCCUUCCAAGGAUACUCCAUACGAUGCUCGAAAAGACGGCGUGAUGCAGAGAGUUGCCUUCUUCCUCCCCAGUGCCAUGGCGGCGCUGGGCCCCAGCAACAACUGUGUUCAGCACUUGACCUGUGCUGCGGCACACCGAUCCAACACCGGUCAACUGGAGAUGCUCAACCUAGCAAAGCUUGCCAACCAGCGAUUCAUGAGGUCCGAGCUGUUGCUGAGGCUGCAAGAGGUCACCAAGGAGAAUGCCAAGGCCAUUGAGAAGCGCCAGGCAUUGCUGGAUGAGGAGGCGAAGCUGGAGGCGCAGCUCGAAGCCAAGUGCGAGGAGGUCGAAGCAGAGACUCAGGAGAUCCGCGACGAAGUGCUCAUGCAGGGCCGUCGCCUGGACGCUCGAAAUACCGUGCGGAGCUUCUUCCAGGUUCCUCCGCGCGACGCCGUGAGAAAGUGUAUGCGAUCCACGCAGGAAUGUGAACCAGCGAAAGUGAUCGUGCAAAUCAAGCGAAAUGCGGACAUGCACCUCGCCCGUGUGCAGAGCGAGCAGGAUCGCAUACAACAGAAAGUGGAGGCCAUUAGGGCCAAGCAUCAGAAAAAGUCCGAAGCUCUCCAGGAGCAGUGGGAACAAAGGAAGUCACGCCAUCAGCAGGAGGUCGAAGAGUUGCAACGCGAGCUGUCUGAGAUGGAGGAGAAGUUCGAGGCACGUUGGGCGGAGGAGGACAAGGCCUUGCAAGAGAUCUUGGCCAGCCAGGACAAGCGGGGACAAGCGGCCAUAGCUGAACUGGAGACCGAGCUCCUACGACAGAGCGACCUCCUCCGGAAUGAAGUGCAGUCCGCACAGCAGGAGUCAAACACCCAAGAAGUGGACCUCAAGGAGGUGGGCGAAAGCAUGGAGCAAGAACUCAAGGCCCGCAUGGAGGUGAAGAAGCAGGCGAUGGUCGAAACAUCCGAAACGGAAGUUCGCCGCUUUCGGGGUUAUCGCGAAGGCAACGAGAAGGCUGCUGAGCACUUGAUGGAAGAGGCCAAGAUCUUCCAGCAGGGCAUCUGCUAUUUGAGGGAAGCCUACAGUCGUACGCCUCGCGUGCCUCGAAAAAUCCGGCUCGUUGCUCCCAUCGCGGAAGCUGACUCGCCGUACCGGCACAAGCCUUUCUAG